AUGGAAGACCCGUCCCAACCCCUCCCCACACGCAUUCCCACCUACCCUCUCGCCCAUGCCUUUCGACGUAAACCCCGCCGUCUGCCUCUUGUCCUGCGCUUUGCCAAAGGUGCCGUUCAUGAGAUCAUCUUCGUCCCGGUGCUUCUGCACGCCCUCUUCACCGUCCUCGUCGUCUACAUUGACACGCGCUUCGUCGACAGCAUUUCCAUCCCGUCCACCAUAAUCCCCUCGCUCUCCAUUGUCGUAGGUCUCAUGCUCGUGUUCCGCAACAGCACAUCCUACGACCGCUUCUGGACCGGCCGAAACUGCCUGACGACGAUUGGCACCUGUGUCCGCAACCUCGCACGCAUCUGCCUCGUCAACAGCCACAAGGACGGACAUGCGACCGAGGCCGAGCGCAAGGACACGGAGCGCAUCAUCAAAGUCCUCAUCGCAGUCCUCUACGCCAUCAAACACAAUCUCCGCGCAGAAUUCAACAUUCCCCCCGCAAGCCUCGCCUCCCUCCCCAAACAACCAAGCCCCUACUCGCGCUCCUCGGUGCCCGCCUCCCGCCGCCCCAGCUACGUCGACCGCACGGCCAGCACACCCGCCACCCCCGGCCACCUCACCCCGCUCCUCUCCCACUCGGGCAUCACGCUCGAAAACGGGACGGGCUGCGAGGUGCCGACGCGCAAAGAAGAAUACGUCUCCCUCCUCCCCGAAGGCCUCAUGGGCUACGAAGACCAGGGCCUCGGUCUCCCCCUCCAACUCACCGUCCUCGUCGAAUCCUACCUCCGUCGCGGCGCCGACCGCGGCUGGUUCCACGCCCCGCUAGCCUCGCAGAUGAGUGCCCAGCUCAACACGCUCGUCGACGCCUAUGGCCGCAUGGAAACUAUUCAUGCAACUCCCAUGCCCGUCGCCCACCUCAUCCACCAGAAACAGGUGCUCGCGCUCUUCACCUGCGUCUUGCCCUUUGCCGUUGUAGACGACUACAAGUGGUGGAGUGUGCCUGUGGUUGCCAUUGUUGCCUUCACCCUCUAUGGCAUCGAGGGCAUUGGCGUUCAGCUCGAGGAUCCGUUUGGGUAUGAUCGGAAUGAUAUCAAGAUGGAUGGUAUUGUCGAGGAUACCCGACAGGAGCUCAUGGUGUUGUUGGACGAGUGGAAGGAGAGUUGGGAGGGGAGGGCUGUGGGCGGCAUGUUUGAUUGA